AUGGCAACCUUUCUUCUCAACAUUUCUUUUUGUUCAACUUCAAUGUUAACUUGUAAAACCAACAUUUUCCCCCUUUACCCGAACAGCCAUAAACACUUGUAUUCAACAAAAAAUAUCUCCAAAAAACACAACUCUUCCUAUGAUUUCUCCAUAACCAAAUUGUGCCAUGUUGUGCCAUUGGCUUCCAUCGAAGACAAAGAAGCAGGCAGUGCAACAGAAGUCGAAUAUCAAGCCUUGUGUAACGACGGCCUUCAAGCUGACUUGAUACCGAAUCAUGUCGCACUGCUUAUGGACUGUCAAAAGAAAAAUAUUGGUCUUGAAAAUGAUAAGAGUAUCGGUUGCCCGUCGUUGAUGGAUAUUGCUCGGAAUUGUCGUGAACUCGGUGUCAAAGUUCUCUCCGUCUAUACACUCUCUGACACCCUCCACGCAAAUAAAGAGGAGGUUGAUUUUGCAAUGAACAUAACCAAACUGGAUUUAGAUGAGCUAUCAAGAAACAAUAUCAGAAUUUCUGUGAUUGGCAAUCGAAAAGCCAUUUCAGACUCACUACAAGAAGUUAUAACAACUAUGGAAGAAACAACAAGGAAUAAUAAAUCACUUCAUAUCAUCGAAGCAGUGGACUACAGUGGACGAUUAGAUAUAGUUCAAGCUUGCAUUGCUCUUGCUCAAAAGGUAAAUGAUGGUCUAAUACAACCCGAAGAAAUCAACGACCAGUUUUUCCAAAAAGAACUCGAGACGAAGUGUUUGGAGUUCCCCAAUCCCGACCUACUAAUCCGAAUUGGUGGAAAAUAUAGUAUUGAUAACUUCAUGUUGUGGCAAUCUGCUUAUUCCGAAAUCUAUUUUGUAGAAAAAGAUGUUGCCCAAUUUAACAAGAUUGAUUUUGUUGAGGGGUUAAACAUGUAUCAGAAAAGACAUAGACGGUAUGGGAAGUAAAAAAUAAAACUAGUGUGAUGUAUAGUGUAUUUAAUUGGGUUUGAU